GACCAUAAAGCAUAGAAAGGCAGCACACCAACAAGAAAUCUAACCCCAAUCUAUCAGAUGUAACAACAGCAGUUGGACUCUGCUCCAAAUAAUUGGAUUUAGGUGUUCCAAUUACCUCCAUGGCCACAUGUGUAUAAAAUCAAGCACCUAGGCAUGCAGACUGCUUCUAUAAACAUUUGUGAAGGAAUGGGUCGCUCUCAGGAGCUCAGUGAAUUCAAGCGUGGUACCGUGAUAGGUUGCCACGUAUUUAAUAAGUCCAUCCAUGAAAUUUCCUUGCUACUAAAUAUUCCACGGUCAACUGUUAGUGGUAUUAUAACAAAGUGGAAGCAACUGGGAACAACAGCAACUCAGCCACAAAGUGGUAGGCCACGUAAAAUGACAGAGCGGGGUCAGCACAUGUUGAAACUGUCUGCAGAGUCACUAGUUGGGCUUGGCCCCUUAGUUCCAAUGAAGGGACCGCUUAAGGAGUCAGCAUACCAAGACAUUUUGGACAAUUUCAUG